CCUCUCCCCGGUCCCCGGUCCUCCGGGUCCUCUCCUCGGUCCCCCGGUCGUCUCCCCGGUCCUGUCCGCGGUCCUCUCCCCGGUCCUCUCCCCUGUCCCCGGUCCUGUCCCCGGACUUCAGCAGCUGUUACCGGAUCCCUUCUCCGCCUCCUCUCGCUCAACUGUGGACGAAUAACGGAGUUACCGAGAAGUGAAGUCCCGACCCGGCAGCAUGAAGAAGAACGGCUCCGGAAAACGGGUUCCGCAGGACUCUGCUCUGCAGAACCUUCAGCCCGAUAAGGUGGGCUGGAUCCGAAAGUUCUGUGGGAGGGGGAUCUUCAGGGAGAUCUGGAAGAACCGGUUCGUGGUCGUGCGAGGAGAUCAGCUGUUCAUCUGUGAGAAGGAGGUGAAGGAGCCGGGUCGGGCUGACGAGCUGUUUGAUCUUUCUGAUUACGAACGCUGUGAAGAAAUACGCAAGAACAAGAGUCGCAGCAAAAAGAGUCACAGCAAGUUCAGGCUGCAGCGCUGCAGCUCGCCAGGCAACACGGCUCCGAACCUGAUCUUCCUGGCCGUCAGUCCUGAGGAGAAAGAAUCCUGGAUCCACGUCCUGAACAUCUCCAUCACCAGAGCCAAGAACCGGAUCCUGGACGAGGUAACCGUCGACGACUCGCAGCUUUCUCACCUGACGCGAGAUCGAGUGAAGAUUCCUCACAACCGCAGGCUGCCGACCCGAGGCCACCUGCUGGCCGGGGCCUCCUCCUCCUUGGCAGAUGGGACCCUGACUCUGGACCUGAUCCAGGAGGAACCUGCUCCUUCAAAGGGAGCAGUGGUUUGCGAUGCGCUCCGGAUCCAGAUGGACUCAUGUCUCCUGAGUCCAGACUGUCCCAGGUCCAGAACUGAGGGCACUCUUUCUACCAGGACCGCUGAGGCUUCUGGGAAAUCUCACAGCCUUCCACGUGAGGUGGCGGUGGUGUGGGAGCAGACGCCUCGGCCAGCGAAGCGUCUGACGACCACAGAGAAGAAUCGCUGCGUCUCCAUGGACGAGAUCCUGUCCCAUUCAGAGACUCACGCUACAAACACAGAGACUGAGACCAGGUCCAGGACCAGGUCCACGUCGCUGGUCAACCAGCUGCAGGAGCUGAUCGGCCAGAAGCUGCAGAACACGGAGCAGCUGCUGACAGAGGUGCGGCGGGAGGCGAAGGGGGAGGAGCCGGCCGAAGCGGAGAAACUCCUGAAGGAGGCGGCGACUGCCUGGCGUCAGGCCCACGAGGUUCUGGAGGAGGUCAAGGAGCUGAGGGCAUUGUAUCGAGAACUGGACUCGUCUUCCCCCGGCAGUAAGAAACCAAACCCAGACAUCAGAACCUGAUGGGACUCGGUCUGGUUCAAACCGGUUCAGUCUGGACCAGAUUCAUUCAGGGUCAGGAGGAGACCGGUCCGUGUCACAUGAUGUGAAACGUUUUCCUAGAAGACCAGGAGCAGAAAUCCAGCUGAGGUCAGGAACCCUGUCCUGACCUCUCUGACCGGACGGAAGGAAAUGUGCCAACACAAUUUAGACCCAAUGAAAAUCCUCAGAGUCUUUGUCUCCUUCGUUUCUGAGGAGGAGGAGUUUGAUGAACAGACGGUACGAAGUCUCCAUCACACGGAGAAGGUUCUGACUUUUAAAUGGACGACGAUCCAAAACAGAUAAUAGUUGUAAGAUGAAGUUACAGGUUCAACAUGAUGGAGUUAGUGACAUUAUAUCUAGAGACAUCUAGUGGUGAAGUUGCAUAUUACAAUCAACUAAACCCGAAGGAGACAAGAACUGGGAGGAGCAGCAAACCAUGACGUGUAAAUUGUGUUAGUUUCCACAUCGUAAUUUAGGGAACGCACUCGGAAUUCUCUCCGACAAACGUACGUCACAACAUCUCAGAUUCACUGAAGUGAGAUUCAUGAGAUCUCUGGAUCAGGUUCGUUGCUCCUGGUUUGUUUCGGGUUUCAGUUAAAGAUCAGAAGAAUUUGUCCUUAAAUACAAAAACUUUAUUUACAGACACUGACGGAAACAAAUCACAUGAGGUCAAGAUGAAUUAAUUAAUUUAUGUUCUGAGGCAAAGUCAGUAAAAUCUCAUUAAGGGUAAAAACUUGCUGAGUCAUCACUCAUUUUAUGUUUCUCACGUCUGAUCUGUUUUUUUCUGACAUGAUUUUGAAAUGAUGAUCAGAGGCUCGAUCGUGAAACUUAGAUUUUAUCACAAUAAAGUAAAUUUGUAAAAUGGGAACUUUGACUUGAAUAAAAGUUUUAACCGUAAACGUC